AUGGCGCCAAUCAAACAAAUUGAGUAUUUUCGCGUACCGCCAAGAUGGCUCUUCGUGAAGAUCACGGAUGCCAAUGGCAAUUUUGGAUGGGGCGAGGCAUCCCUUGAAGGCCAUUCGGAAGCGGUAGAAGGUGCUCUCGAUGCUUUCAUUGAACGGUUCACGGGCAUGGAUGCAGAUGAAAUCGAGAACAUAUGGCAGAAUGGCUAUCGUAUGGGAUUCUACCGAGGCGGGCCAAUUCUGAUGAGUGCCUUGUCGGGAAUAGAUAUCGCCCUUUGGGAUUUGAAAGGACGACGACUCGGUCUGCCGGUAUACGAGUUUCUAGGCGGCAAAGUACGGGACAAGCUAAAGGUGUACGCAUGGAUCGGAGGCGACCGACCGGGUGAUGUUGAAGCUCAAGCACAAGCGCGGAUUUCGCAGGGCUUCAAAGCCAUAAAGAUGAAUGCGACCGAAGAUCUCGGCUGGCUCGAUUCCCCACACGCCUUGGAUGCUUCUGUCGAGCGAUUGAAGACUGUGAAGGCCCUGGGGAUUGAUGCUGGUGUCGACUUUCACGGCAGGGUGCACAAGGCUAUGGCACUACAGCUCGCCCACAAAUUGACACCGCACGAGCCGUUAUUCAUCGAAGAGCCAUUACUUUCCGAACAUCCAGAGUCCAUAUCGGCUCUGUCGAAACUUGUGCCCAUUCCCAUUGCUCUCGGCGAGCGACUGCAUAGCCGAUGGGACAUCAAGCCGUUCCUUGAGUCCGCAUCCGUGAGCAUUUUACAGCCGGAUAUCUCCCAUGUCGGAGGCAUCUCUGAGCUUCGUAGAAUGGCGACAAUGGCAGAAGCAUACGAUGUGGCAUUGGCUCCUCAUUGCCCCUUGGGACCCAUUGCUCUGGCAGCCAAUAUUCAUGUGGAUGCUGUCAGUGCCAACUUUGCGAUCCAAGAAAUGAGCUUGGGCAUUCAUUACAACGCGGGCUCGGCGGAUAUCGAAACGUACAUCAAGAACCCGGAGGUGUGGAAUGUACAGGAUGGACUGAUCGACUUGAUAACUGGGCCUGGCUUAGGAAUUGAAAUUGACGAAGAUAAGGUUAGGGCAGCUUCGGUGAAUGCAGUCGCAUGGCGGAGUCCAGCAUUCCGGGGUCCGGGAGGAGAAUGGCGGGAAAAAAAGCUGCGCUGCUCGGGGACCCUUCCUUGUUCGCUAUGCCAGCGGUCGGGGCAACAAUGUAAAUACAAUGCCGGCUAUACCAGGGGCAAAUUGCCACCAAUUCCGCUGCUGCAUCAAGCUCAGGAGAAAGAAACCGCCCCGACCGAGCGGGUCGAAAUGCCACCGAGUUUGACUCCAGAAAAAUUGCGUCCUCCACCAGCCAUAACCAACAUAGAGAGCGAGGGUCGUUUGUUGUUACCAACGGAUGAAAAUGCAAAUGUUACAUCGUCUCGCAAUUCGCCUGAACCCCAUCAAACCGACAUGGAAGGUCAUUAUGUAGGCCCUUCCUCUGGCGUCUCAUUUUUGAUUCGUGUCCAGAAGAGACUACACCAGAACGUCGCUUUCUCGCCAAACACGACUAUCUUCAGCUUUGGUGAUGCCCCACUGCCCAAAUACGAUGCGUCGUUCCUAGUUCUUCCGACAAAAGAAGAAGCCAAGGCUUUGCUGAAUCGGUAUUUCGACUUUGGAUUUCCUACACAUCGAUUCCUACAUCAACAAACGACCGAAGGUUGGCUUGAAGGAUUGUAUGGUAGCUUACAUGACACCCAAAGCGUUGCGCCGGGCGCAAGGGAGGUGAGGGCGUUACUUCUCAUGCUAUUCUUACAAGCAAAGCAGUACCUGCCCAGGACAGAGACUGCUUUAGGGACUUCAGUAAAUAGCGCGGUUUAUUUCGGUGCCUCAGAGCACCACUUGUCAGCUGAGACAGGACCUGUUCGCCUCACUAGUGUCCAAGCACGCCUGGCGCAGUGUUUUUAUCUACUUUCUCAGUCCCGAAUCAACCAUUGCUGGAGUCUUUUCGGAACCACUGCUCGGCUUGCUAUUGCCAUCGGCCUGCACCGCAAACGACGCCGGGAACACCCCCUAGGGGUCGAUGACUUUGUGGAUCAGGAGUGUCGUAAAAGAGUAUUUUGGUGCGCGUACAGUUUGGAUAAUUAUCUCAGUGCCGCCUUGGGCCGUCCCCGGAUAUUUCAUGAUAAUGAAAUCGAUCAAGAACUACCCGCAAUCGCCAACGAUUCGCAGAUUAGAGCCGACGCCAUUCUUCCAGCUACUUCGAACGCCCAGAGCAUUAUGCUCGCUCCUGUAUACCACGCAAAACUGUCCAGAAUUAUCAGUGGCAUACUCCGUGAUCUAUACGGGAUCCAGAAAACCACUUUACAGAUGCAAAUGUCCGCCGCCGCAAAGUACGGGGCCGAGUUGUCCCAAUGGCGAAAGAAACUGUCGGCAUUUCUUGACCUCCCAAGUAUAGAUAUGUUGAUCACUCUGUAUCAACGUCAGUACAAUGUGUUGAAUCUGGCCUUUUCGCACGCUCAAAUACUACUCUACCGGCCCUUUGUUCUCAAGAACUUUGCCGUACUGGCAAGUGCCACGAGCAAAAAGAACGAGCAGCUGCAUGGAACCAUCAAUGAAAAUGUUCAGAGCUGUUUGAAUGCCGCGAUGAAAAUCGUAGGGAUUGUCCGCGACCUCUGUGAGCAUGGUAAAAUGUAUCAUGCAUUUUGGUUCACCCAUUACUAUGCAUUCUCAGCGAUUGUUGUACUAUAUGUUCAUGUUAUUCAGAACCGUUCCCAGGCGGUCAACAUACAAGGAGAUUCUCUAUAUUUUCAAGCGGGCGAGCAAGCACAAAAAGAUUUAGCGACAUGCGGAUCGACAUCAUCUUUUGCGCAGCGCUAUGUUAUGGUCCUUGAGGAGCUUCGAAAGGAGGCACAAGAGUCAAUCAGACGAAAGCAUCACAGAGGCAUGGAGCAUUACUCGACAGACCAGCCGCGCCUUGUAGUGACCGAGAUCGCGAUGGCCGAGACGGGAAGGCAAAGGGAUCCUGACGAACAAGUUGAAUAUCACAAUUCAGGUGACAACGGGAUAAAGAAUGGCGUUCCUCAGAUCUCUGGCAGCAUGACAGAUCCCCAGACUAAUGCUUUAGACCCAUCAGGGAUCCCGUUGGAGUCACAAGGCUGGAUGGACGACUUGAUGGAGGAUACCAGUCCUGCGUCAUACAUUGCUGAUCUAACCAGCUGGGGAGAGUUCGAUUCAUUGGCCCUUACUGGCUUGGGCGAGCUAGGGUUUUUGUUUCCAACAGAGGGUUCCGCUGAUUUUGGAAUGUGA